AUGAGCUCAAGCCCGAACCAUUAUAAGAUCGUUAUGCUCGGAAAUUCGGGUGUUGGCAAGACUGCACUUGUCGAAAGAGUUACAAAUGAUAUAUUCGUUGACGCUCACGUUCCUACUGUUGGCGCUCAAUAUGUUUCUUUAAACUUAGAAAUUAACAACCAGCAAAUUACAUUAGAAUUCUGGGAUACAGCUGGCCAAGAAGUUUUCCGAUCACUUGUAGGCUUUUAUGCAAGAGAUGCAAAAGGUAUUUUCAUUCUCUUCGACUUAACUGAUAAUCAAUCAUUCCUCGACUUAAAGCAAUGGAUUCAAUUCGCAAACGACCAAGCCCCAGAAGCUGCUAUUAUAGUUUUUGGCAAUAAAAUCGAUUUAGAUGAUCAAAGAAAGGUUGAUUCAGAGAAAUUAGCAGAUUUUGCAGCAAAAGAAGGCAUUACAUUCUUCGAAGGCAGUGCUAAAACAGGCCAAGCUGUACAAGAUGCUGUUGAAAAAAUGGCAGAGCUUGUAAUGGCUUCAAAUAAGACAACGCAGUCCGCAAUUUCUAUUGAUAAGCCAGAUGCUAAGAAAAAAUCCAAAUGUUGCUAA